AUGUCACUGCCUCCGUCUGUUUGUAUACCUGCGAUCACUUACCAACUCGACCUAACUACCAUUUUGCCUGCUAUCAUGAAUAUCGUCGAAUGGGCUUUCGGAAAGCGCAUGACGCCCGCGGAGCGUCUGCGCAAACACCAGCGUGCCUUGGACCGAACACAGCGUGAGCUUGACCGAGAGCGCGUGAAGCUGGAGAACCAAGAGAAGAAGUUGGUGCAAGAUAUCAAGAAGAGCGCCAAAAAUGGACAGGUCGGAGCCUGCAAGAUCCAGGCCAAGGACUUGGUCCGGACACGGAGAUAUAUCCAAAAGUUCUAUCAAAUGCGCACGCAAUUACAGGCCAUCUCUCUCCGCAUUCAGACCGUUCGAAGCAAUGAACAGAUGAUGCAAUCCAUGAAGGGAGCCACGAUGCUUCUGGGUAGUAUGAACAGACAGAUGAAUCUCCCGGCGCUGCAACGGAUUGCGAUGGAAUUCGAACGAGAGAAUGACGUUAUGGACCAACGGCAAGAGAUGAUGGAUGAUGCGAUCGAUGAAGCUACCGGAAUGGAAGGCGAAGAAGAGGAAGGGGAAGAUAUUGUGAAGGAAGUUCUGGACGAAAUUGGUGUCGAUUUGAACCAAUCGUUGGGUGAAACACCAGCGGAUAUACAAAAGGCCCCCGUAAACGAGACGCGGGUUGCGCAGGCUAUUGGGGGCGGUGGGGGUGGAGGCAAUACGAGUGACGACGACCUCCAAGCAAGGCUGGACAGUCUUCGACGAUGA